AUCACGCCGGCGUAUACUGUCGAGCGUAGAAAAAGAUGGAGGAAUUUCUCGAAGCGAUCGGCGAUGAAGACGUGGAGAAGGUCCGUGCCAUGGUGCAAGACGUCGAUGUCAAUGACAAAUCAGAGGGGGUCAGGCCGCUAGUGAUGGCCAUCCAGUGUAACAACACUGAACUGGUGCGACUCCUUCUAGAACAUGGAUCGGAAAUAAAUCCUCACGAUCUGGUUCAAUCAUUACUUUAUUCGAAGAAUAGAGACAUGGUGAGGCUGCUCCUAUCAAAGGGUGCGGACCCUUACACCCUUUUUGAUUACUACGGUGACAAAAAUACCAAUGCCAUUGUCAAAGCGGUGGGGGAGUCUUCGAACCAGAAUGAGAGCCAGAAGCGUGAUGAGGGGAAGGCCACGCCUCGAGAAAUUAUCCGUAUUUUGCUUGACCAUGAUAAUGGCUUGGGUGAACCAGAGGCAAAAGGACCCUACGGCUUAUACGCAGCUGUGGCUUUAGGAGACAUGGACUUGGUAAAAAGGUAUUUCAGUGAUGGAUUACGGGUGGAACACUGCUACGAGCUCAGCUUGAACCCACUGCUUGAGGCUUGUAGGAAUAAAGAUCCUGAGUUAGCUACUUUGUUGCUCGAACGGGGAGCGAAUCCGAAUGAAACCGACAAACCCAACAGACCAUACGAAACGCCAUUACACAUUGCAUUGUCAAAUGAGAAUAUGCAGUUAGUUCGAGUGUUGCUAGGUGGAGGUGCAGACGAUGCUGGAAUGCCGAUUUAUUGUGGAAGUACUAUGCACCAAUGCGAUGAUCGCCUUACUGGACUCAUGUAUGCAUGCGUCUGGGGACUGCUUGACAUGGUGAGGGAAGUCCUUGCUCACAGGAGAGAUGUCAACGCGAUGAAUACGGAAGGUCGUUCAGCCUUAUUUUAUUGUAAUAAUGCGUACAGAUGCUGGACGUUUUGUCCCCGAGUGGACGCCGAGACGAACCUAGCAAUCAUUUGGGAACUUCUUAAAGCCGGAGCUCAUUGCACCAUUGAAAACCCUUUGUACGAAGACGGAACCAUUCUUGCGGAUUUUCUCUCGGCUGUAGUCAUCCAAAAUGAUUACCACACGACGAACCUCUCGGGUAUCACUGCACCUGCUUUGAUGCUAAAGGCCUGUGGAUCCUCUUCAGAGUCGUUGAAGCCAUUCAUCGAAAUCAUGAAUCAAUACCUGCAGGCCUCGGAAGAAAAGUGCGAGAAAAUAUUCAUCCACGAAAAGUCAUUUUACAAUUUCAACAGCCUUUUCCAGAUUGUCAUUUUGUGCGGUAACAAACCCACGCGUGAAUUCGUUGACAAAUACAGGGAAGUUGUAUUGAAAGGUACUGGUAAGGUUGAUGGUGCUUAUUGGCUGAAGGACAUUGCUGAUAGCGGCUACUCUCUCAAAGAACUCGCCCGGAUUAAACUCAGGGAGAUCAUUGCUCAUCCUCUGGUGACAAAUGCCGUGUCUGAAACCAUCACGCUCCCUCAACUGCUGAAGAAGUACAUCUUAUUUGAUGAGAUCCUUCCAUUCUGUACAUGAAUGUCAACCACAAGAGAUAAUUAAGAACAACAAUCAGUACUUUGAACAAACAGUCUAUCGAGAAAAGCCUUUCAUUGUCAAGUAGCUAUGACAUGGUUACGCAAUUGAUUUUAUCCCUGCAUCGGAGGAUAUUGGUUGAUAUAUGUCACGGUGUAACUAUGUAGACUAACUGCGUACGUAGCUAAUGAGUGCUGUUUAUGCCUCCAAAACAGGCUGCACCUUUCUAACGAAGCUUUUUGCCUUUUGAAAAUUGCCGCCAAAAUAUCACGCCGGCGCAUCCUGUCGAGCGGCGAAAAAGAUGGAGGAAUUUCUCGAAGCGAUCGGCGAUGAAGACGUGGAGAAGGUCCGUGCCAUGGUGCAAGACGUCGAUGUCAAUGACAAUUCAGAGGGGGUCAGGCCGCUAGUGAUGGCCAUCCAGUGUAACAACAUUGAACUAGUGCGACUCCUUCUAGAACAUGGAUCGGAAAUAAAUCCUCACGAUCUGGUUCAAUCAUUACUUUAUUCGAAGAAUAGAGACAUGGUGAGGCUGCUCCUAUCAAAGGGUGCGGACCCUUACACCGUUUUUGAUAACCACGGUGACAAAAAUACCAAUGCCAUUGUCAAAGCGGUGGGGGAGUCUUCGAACCAGAAUGAGAGCCAGAAACGUGAUGAGGGGAAGGCCACGCCUCGAGAAAUUAUCCGUAUUUUGCUGGACCAUGAUAAUGGCUUGGGUGAACCAGAGGCAAAAGGACCCUACGGCUUAUACGCAGCUGUGGCUUUAGGAGACAUGGACUUGGUAAAAAGGUAUUUCAGUGAUGGAGUACGGGUGGAACACUGUUACGAGCUCAGCUUAAACCCACUGCUUGAGGCUUGUAGGAAUAAAGAUCUUGAGUUGGCAACUUUGUUGCUCGAACGGGGAGCGAAUCCGAAUGAAACCGACAAACCCAACAGACCAUACGAUACGCCAUUACACAUUGCAUUGUCAAAUGAGAAUAUGCAGUUAGUUCGACUGUUGCUAGGUAGAGGUGCAGACGAUGCUGGAAUGCCGAUUUAUUGUGAAAGUACUAUGCACCAAUGCGAUGAUCGCCUGACUGGGCUCAUGUAUGCAUGCGUCUGGGGACUGCUUGACAUGGUGAGGGAAGUCCUUGCUCACAGAAGAGAUGUCAACGCGAUGAAUACGGAAGGUCAUUCAGCCUUAUUUUAUUGUAAUAAUGCGUACAGAUGCUGGACGUUUUGUCCCCGAGUGGACGCCGAGACGAACCUAGCAAUCAUUUGGGAACUUCUUAAAGCCGGAGCUCAUUGCACCAUUGAAAACCCUUGGUACGAAGACGGAACCAUUCUUGCGGAUUUUCUCUCAGCUGUAGUCAUCCAAAAUGAUUACCACACGACGAACCUCUCGGGUAUCACUGCACCUGCUUUGAUGCUAAAGGCCUGUGGAUCCUCUUCAGAGUCGUUGGAGCCAUUCAUCGAAAUCAUGAAUCGAUACCUGCAGGCCUCGGAAGAAAAGUGCGAGAAAAUAUUCAUCCACGAGAAGUCAUUUUACAAUUUCAACAGCCUUUUCCAGAUUGUCAUUUUGUGCGGUAACAAACCCACGCGUGAAUUCGUUGACAAAUACAGGGAAGUUGUAUUGAAAGGUACUGGUAAGGUUGAUGGUGCUUAUUGGCUGAAGGACAUUGCUGAUAGCGGCUACUCUCUCAAAGAACUCGCCCGGAUUAAACUCAGGGAGAUCAUUGCUCACCCUCUGGUGACAAAUGCCGUGUCUGAAACCAUCACGCUCCCUCAACUGCUGAAGAAGUACAUCUUAUUUGAUGAGAUCCUUCCAUUCUGUACAUGAAUGUCAACCACAAGAGAUAAUUAAGAACAACAAUCAAUACUUUGAACAAACAGUCUAUCGAGAAAAGCCUUUCAUUGUCAAGUAGCUAUGGCAUGGUUACGCAAUUGAUUUUAUCCCUGCAUCGAAGGAUAUGGGUUGAUACAUGUAUAUGUCACGGUGUAACUAUGUAGACUAACUGCGUACGUAGCUAAUGAGUACUGUUUAUGCCUCCAUGACAGGCUGCACCUUUCUAACAAAGCUUUUUGUCUUUUGAAAAUUGCCGCCAAAAUAUCACGCCGGCGCAUCCUGUCGAGCAUAAAAAAGAUGGAGGCAUUUAUCAAAGCGAUCGGCGAUGAAGACGUGGAGAAGGUCCGUGCCAUGGUGCAAGACGUCGAUGUCAAUGACAAUUCAGAGGGGAUCAGGCCGCUGGUAAAGGCUGUCCAGUGUAACAACACUGAACUAGUGCGACUCCUUCUAGAACAUGGAUCGGAAAUAAAUCCUGAAGAUCUUGUUACAUGUAUUACCAUUAGCCCAAUAGUUCAUCCUGACAAUAAAGACAUAUUGAGGCUCCUCCUAUCAAAUGGGGCAGACCCGUACACCCUUUUUUCAAACGGUGAAGACGAGUACGGCUAUUUUGGAUACGAUGCUGACACAAAUGUCAAUGCCAUUGUCAAAGCGGUGGAGGCAUCCAUCAAUGAGAGCUACAUACCUGAUGAGGCGAAGGCCACGCCUCGAGAAAGUGUCCGUAUUUUGCUGGACCAUGAUAAUGGCUUGGGUGAACCAGAGGCAAAAGGACCCUACGGCUUAUACGCAGCUGUGGCUUUAGGAGACAUGGACUUGGUAAAAAGGUAUUUCAAUGAUGGAGUACGGGUGGAACACUGUUACGAGCUCAGCUUAAACCCACUGCUUGAGGCUUGUAGGAAUAAAGAUCUUGAGUUGGCAACUUUGUUGCUCGAACGGGGAGCGAAUCCGAAUGAAACCGAUAAACCCAACAGACCUUACGAUACGCCAUUACACAUUGCAAUGCGUGAUGAGAAUAUGCAGUUAGUUCGACUGUUGCUAGGUAGAGGUGCAGACGAUGCUGGAAUGCCGAUUUAUUGGGAGGGCAGUUAUGAUAUGACACGAACCGAUGACCGCCUGACUGGACUCAUGUAUGCAUGCGCCUGGGGACUACUUGACAUGGUUAGGGAAGUCCUUGCACACGGGAGAGAUGUCAACGCGAUGAAUACGGAAGGUCAUUCAGCCUUAUUUUAUUGUAAUGAUGUCCAGAGAUGUUUGGUGGAGUCUUGUCCCCGAGUGGACGCCACGACGAACCUAGCAAUCAUUUGGGAACUUCUUAAAGCCGGAGCUCAUUGCACCAUUGAAAACCCUUUGUACGAAGACGGAUACCGAACCAUUCUUGCGGAUUUUCUUUCAGGUGUGGUAUUCCAAGACAAUUAUCACGAUCACACGACAAACCUCUCGGGUAUCACUGCACCUGCUUUGAUGCUAAAGGCCUACGGAUCCUCUUCGGAGUCGUUGGAGCCAUUCAUCGAAAUCAUGAAUCAAUACCUGCAGGCCUCGGAAGAAAAGUGCGAGAAAAUAUUCAUCCAAGAAAAGUCAUUUUACAAUUUCAUCAGCCUUUUCCAGAUUGUCAUUUUGUGCGGUAACAAACCCACGCGUGAAUUCGUUGACAAAUACAGGGAAGUUGUAUUGAAAGGUACUGGUAAGGUUGAUGGUGCUUAUUGGCUGAAGGACAUUGCUGAUAGCGGCUACUCUCUCAAAGAACUCGCCCGGAUUAAACUCAGGGAGAUCAUUGCUCACCCUCUGGUGACAAAUGCCGUGUCUGAAACCAUCACGCUCCCUCAACUGCUGAAGAAGUACAUCUUAUUUGAUGAGAUCCUUCCAUUCUGUACAUGAAUGUCAACCACAAGAGAUAAUUAAGAACAACAAUCAGUACUUUAGAACAAACAGUCUAGUUUAAAGUACCAAUUUCUGUCAAUUUCCUCUGAAAUAUGAAAGAGGAUUUGCUUAUAAGUGACACCGGACUUGAUAACUCAACAGACUUUCGUACUUCAUCGUUCGUACGGAUUGUGAAACCUUCCUGGAGUGCAUGUCCAUCUCAACAAAAACGUCAUCAUAAAUCCAUUUUUCCAACUACUACUACAAAGCGUUUGACAUCUACAAAGAGAUAUCUACGUCGGGCAAGAUCGACCUCGAAUUCCGCCGCGGUUCCAGCCGGACAUCUAGCCGACGCGGUUCUCUCUUCUCAAACGAUCCCUUAGCGUCACAGAAGGAUAAGACCUGCCACGGUAACCCCUAUUCGAAACAGGGGCAAAAAUGGCAACUCCUUCACAUGAUGUUACUUCCGUUGCUUCCAAUGAUAGGUAUAGCGAUUCAGUCCUCCGUCCGCUAUGCUUUUGCCCUAAAUAGCCUCUACACUCUCGAAGAGUCAAACAUGGCUUUAGCGCACGGCCGGGCCGUCACCCAUCUCAUUGCAGCGAUCGAAGAGGAACGAUCAGAAGUCAUCUUGUUCAUCAGCUCAAAUGGUACUAUCCACGUCAAACCAUUGUCUGAACGCUACAAUACCACUGAUGCCAAGUUAGAGGAGUUCAAGGCCUGGCCUGAGGUGAGCAGUCGCACAGUAGCAUUCUACAAUCGGAGGACAUUCCUAACCGUUCUGCAACAGCACCGAGAACAUAUAACAAUUACAAGCAGUACAAGUACAGAACUUGAAUUCUACAACAUGGCAAUAGAUGCUUUCAUGAAUUGGCUGAUUUUAAAAGUUGAUUUCGAAAAAUCGAUGGACCUGUGGCCGUACUUGAUGACUUACAAAGAGUUGAUAAAAUGCAGUAACAGGAUCAGCCUUCAAAAGUCGCUUGGAGAGGCGUAUUUUGUGAGAGGGGGUUUGAAUCAUUUUGAGCACGUCCUGUUCGUAAGGGCACGCAAAGUGGCAAACGAUCUCUUGUCGUCCAGUAGUAUCUACGACCCGAAUGUUAAAAUGCUCCUUCAGAAAUAUUAUAAUAACAGCACUGAGGAAGUUGCUAACAUCAAGAGCUUGACAGCAGAAAUAGUCAAAAACCAAGCUGUCGGACCUAAUUUGAUAUUCGGUGAAACCUGGCUCAGUAAUAUGACGGACUAUCUGAAGACUAUACGCACCAUCGACGAAUUUCAGCUCGGAAAGGUUGAUGACGAAAUUCAGGGAAUGAUAAAAAAACAGACAGAUAGAUGCAUUUUGGAAGGGUUUUGGUUGGCAGUUGCCAUUCUUAUAACACCUGUGCUCUGUCUCCUGAGCUUCAAGACAACUCGUGCUGUGCAACUCUACACCGAGUGCCUCAUGGAAAAAGGAGCGGCAAUGAAAAAUGAGAAGAAGAAGACGGAGGAACUCUUAUAUCAGAUGAUACCUAAGCAGGUCGCUAUGCAGAUGAAGACGAAGAAGAAGGUCGAGGCGGAGCACUUCGACUGUGUAACCGUCUUCUUCUCCGACAUCGUCAACUUCAAGGAAAUCAGUGAGAUCAGCACACCUAUGCAGCUAGUCAAGGUCCUCAACGCUGCUUAUGUCCACAUGGACGAGAGCAUUGAAAAGUAUGACGCUUACAAGGUGGAGACCAUAAGUGAUGUGUACAUGAUAGCCAGUGGUGUACCAAACAGGAAUGGGGACCAGCACGUUUUCGAGAUAGCAAAUCUAGCCCUCGAUCUGAUGGAUUCGAUGCGGAAUUUCCGGAUUCCUCAUCUAAGGGAAGAGGUCCUACAGCUCCGAGUUGGUAUCAAUACGGGUCCUUGUGUGGCCGGAGUCGUCGGGGAAGCCAUGCCAAGAUACUGUCUUUUUGGGGACACAGUAAAUGUGGCGGCGAGGAUGCAGACAAACAGCUUACCUUUUAAAAUCCAGAUCACUAAAGAGACAAGGGAUGCAUUGACACCGGGUGGGCACUUCGUGAUGCCAUACAGAGGAAAACUUCAAGUCAAGGGGAAAGGUGAAAUGAAUACGUAUUGGCUGGCCGACCGUGACAAAAAGGAUACCGCUGGAUACGCUGUUCAAUUUAAAUUUUUUGAUGAAUUCUGAAGAAAUAUACACAUGUACACCAGUCAGACGCACAGCGGACGUCAUUGAAUUUCGUCAAUAUCCUGAACUUUGGGCCUCGUCCAGCGCAACGCCCCAAGCCCCCCCCCUCCUAUGUCGAUGGACACAAGGAUGCGUAUUGUCUACAACUGAAAGAAUAUUCGACAGAUGUGAACGAUCUAAGUUGAUUAGCUGCCAAUUGCCAAUCAUAACAAUAAUCAAACCACAAUUAAGCUGCAUGCACUCUCAUCUGUUUGCAAUAUGUUAUUAAAAAAAUCCAUAAUCAGGUUGUAAUCAAUGGCAACAUAUACUGCAAAAUGUUUCUUAUGAGGUUACUAAAAAAAUUGAUGUACACAAUGUUUGCCC